AUAUCAUUAAAAGUGAUUAAAUUAAUGAGUCUAUCAAUAGCACAAAUUCUCAAUAUAAGAAGAUAUUACUUUACAACCAAAGUGAUAAAAAUUAUUACUUCCAAAAUUCCUCAAAAGUAUAAAAAAUUUGAAAUAAUUCUACAAAAAAGAAUUAUGCACAAUCAACAGGAAGCUCUAGAUGACGAUGAAAUUGAAGCUCAAGAUCCAUUUUUAGUAAUCAUUCCAAAUAACACAUGGAUUAAUCAGUAUGGUAUGGCCGCAUACAACGCUGUUAUGGAUAUAUUUGCCACCAAUGGCAUGGGACAGAAUCAACGCAGAGAUAGAAAUUCUCGACAUAUAUUUCACUUUAGGGAGAUUGCGGAUCUUUAUUCUUUACGCGAUAGGAUCAAAAAUAAUAAUUUAGCACCAAACGCUUUCUGUGUAUCUCCAGAUAUUCUCAAUUAUUAUCAACUCACUUUUAAUCUGAUUGCUCCAAACCCGCCAAACUUACAACAGAUACCAAUCGGUACAGCAUGGAUCAUAACAAAAAUGGGAGUCACUUCUAGUGACUAUACUGAAGACCGUCAAUUUUUUUAUUUCUGAUGUAUAAUAAAGUACUUCUAAAUUUAGAAUAGCAACGGCCCUUUGUACAAAAUAUUUGUUUUUAUUUG